GACGCCUAGUCUACGUGAAUCUGAGGGAAAUGGAAAAUCAUGAUUCUUGCAACCACACGAAGACGAAGAUCAAGAGCGCGAUCACCGCGACCGUGAACACUCAGAUAGACCAACAUUUACAUUUUUGAGCAAAGAGAAAAGAUAAAGAUGUCGACACCGACACACACGGCACCAAAACCCCAAGCACAAGCACCCCUGUUUAUUUUGGGAAGAUGGCGCGGUGUAGGAAAAGUGUACUCUGUUACGGAACGUGGAGUGGCAAAGAUUCACUACUGUGAGGAAAUGGAGGUCCGGCGAGAAGGCAAAGCACAGGCUUACUGUUAAGGCUAAAUGUGAAAAACACAAUGGCUGCAGUCGCAGAGGAUCCAUGAGGAUCGUGGCAGCUUGGUGUGAUCUCAGGCACUGUGUCUGCGACUGCGUGGUGUUUGCUUAUAACCUAGGUUGAGUAAGUAUCAGAUAUCUUCGCUGUCGCUAUAAUCGGUAGGAAGUGGAAAAAUGAUGUCAUCGCUCUCCUCUUUUUGGCACGUAAAUAACUUGUGAGUACUUUCCUCUAAAACUGGCAUCAUCGGCAGACCUGGAAGACCGCUCCGGACGCACAGGACUUCGCUUCAGCAGAGAAAAUCGUACCGCUGCAUGUGGAGUCCGGAGUUAUCAAAAUUUUGCCUGUUCAAGGGACGACCACAAUAAGCCGCGAUGCUGCACAGGCGCAGGAGGAGCAAUCAUUAAGGCUCGACACGUCCUUUUUUUGUUCUUCGGUGGAACAAGUCCUUCGCGUGAAGUUCUAGACAUUCAAUCAUCACAUCAACAUGAAAAUCAAUGAAAAGUGACCUUGUACUCAUACUGAGCAUCAUAGAGUAGACAUUUACAACAUAAUCAUAAGCUGCUCCACUAAUUCAAGCACCUGCAGCACCAGCGGUACUUCCGGUGGAAGGCAUUUUCAUUCAUCCCUUCAGUGUGUCUGAGGUAGCGCGAGGCACAGUGACUUCUAGAUCAAGUAGUAGCUCGCCUUCUGGACUGGAGGACGGACAAGAUGGACAGGAGCAAGGGCCUCGACCAUACUUACGACUAGAGGCUAGGGAAGCGGAUGGCAGCUUUCACCGUGGACUUGGUGCGGGAGGAAAAACAACAGAGGUUUACAUCCGAGAGUACGAAUUACUGGCUGACGGCAAAUUGCUCUACAAAUGCGCGUUGAAAUCGAACACAAUGCCGGAACCCUGGGAGCAUUUGGAGUGCCUGCUUCAGAGAGUCGAUGGGGAAUUAUAG